UCUGCGUGUCAGGGCACUAAAAGCUGGGAUCCAAGUGGGAAAUUUGAUGUUUUCAAACUGAUUGAUUAGUCAGCCUUAAUGUUACUAGAAUCCUAUCAAUGGGAACAUUAGAAGGUGGUGCUUUAAAUGGUGCAGGCUGAUAAAUUAGCAUAUUCUUGUUUAUCCAUCUCUGUUUCAAGUGCGUGUUUGGGAGGGGGGGAGAGGCAAGAAAAGGGGUCGUGUCUUAUUAAGAAAACAGGUUACUCUGUAGCGGAUCAUUGUGAUUGAGGCGGUAGAAGAGGAAACUCGUAAGCGAGAGAGAGAGAGAGAGAGCGUCUAAAGAGAGAGAGUGUGUGUAAGGGGCAGAGAGAUUUGAGAGGGGAGCGAGCGAGCAAGAGAGAGAGAGAGACUUGCCUGGAGAGAAGAUGCAAGUUUGUAGUGUGCUACCCGCCCUCUGUCUCUUAGCUCUGGCUGUGGGCUCGGAGUGUGACGGGCAGAUGGCAAGCCGGCUCCGGCGCUCCAAACGUGCCCUCCUCAUGGCCCAGGAUCACCGGCAUGGCCCCGGGGCGGACUCCCCGGGAUCGUGUGGCACGAGGUUGCCCCGUGGCAAGCGAGCAGUGUCCCCAGCAUCUUCAGAGCACCCUCCCCGACCACAGCCGCCGUCGCCGCACCACCAGCACCAGCACCACCCGCAGCACAGCCAGGCCAGACUGCUGUAUUUCACCGGGAAGGGGAACCAGCUGCGCCUCCGAACCAGCACCGAGCUCCCCAGGCGGAGGUUCACUGUGGAAGUAAGGGUCAGACCUGAAGGCGGGCAGCGAUCUCCGGCUGUCAUCGUGGGACUUUACGACAAAUGUUUUUCAUCCCGGGACAGAGGAUGGGCUCUUGGGAUUCAGUCCGUGAGUGACUCGGGUAACAGGGAUCCACGAUUCUUCUUCUCGCUAAAAACAGAUAGAGCUCGCAAAAUGACCACCAUCACUGCCCACCAGAAAUACCAUGCUAACCAGUGGGUACAUUUGGCAGUAACAUAUGAUGGACAUAAAAUGAAAUUGUAUGUCAAUGGUGCACAAGUGGCUGUGAGCAAUGAACAAGUAGGCGAUAUCUUCAGUCCCUUAAGCAGAAAGUGCAAAGUAUUAAUGCUUGGUGGAAAUUUCCAAAAUCAGAACUAUCGUGGCUACAUGGCUGACUUCAGUUUGUGGAGUGAAGGAAGAAUUCAGGGGAAAAUAAGUGAAGACAUGAAACACCAUGCUCAGAAAAACAGUGAGUUAGCCUUGCAUGACAACUUUCAGGAUGUGGGGAUUCACUGGCUAACUGUGAAGGACAGUAAAUAUCCUCAAGUGGAAAUAAAACAUCAUAAUGGCUGGUUUUCAAAUGCUAUUCUGCAGCCCCCUCCUUGUGGCCAAACUGUCUGUGAUAAUGUCGAAGUCAUAACAAGCUACAAUAAGCUCUUCAAUUUUCGCAAGCUAAAGACUGUCCGCUACCGAGUUGUCAAUGUCUAUGAUGACAAUCAUCAAAAACCUACUGUUACGAAAGAACAAAUAGAACUUCAGCACCAACAUUUAAACAAUGCCUUUCAUAGGUACAACAUCACCUGGGAUCUUACAGUUUUGGAUGUCAAGAAUUCCUUUCUGAGGAACCGUCUUAUUUUAGCCAAUUGUGAUAUAAGUAAAAUUGGGAAUGGGGAUUGUAACUUGGAAUGUGACCACACACUAACAGGAAAUGAUGGUGGAGAUUGCAAACCACUGCGACGCCCGUCUUUGUUAAAGAAGAGAGGAGAUGGGGUGUGUGAUAUGGAAUGCAAUGAUGAACUGUACAAAUUUGAUGAUGGUGAUUGCUGCAAUCCAAAUGUGACUGAUGUAACAAAGACAUGUUUUGACCCCAAAUCACCCUACAGGGCAUAUUUGGAUGUGAACGAUCUGAAGAAUAUUUUGAAACUGGAUGGUGCAACGCAUCUCAAUAUAUUCUUCGCCAAUUCAUCUGAUGAAGAGCUGGCUGGAGUUGCCACAUGGCCAUGGGACAAAGAAGCCCUAACACAUCUAGGUGGCAUCGUGUUGAACCCCUCAUUCUAUGGAAUGACAGGUCACACUCACACCAUGAUCCAUGAGAUAGGCCACAGUCUUGGACUCUACCAUGUGUUCAAGGGGAUUUCUGAAAUUGAAUCUUGCACCGACCUAUGCAUGGAGACUGAAGCUUCAUUGGAGACUGGCGACUUGUGUGCUGAUACUAAUCCAACGCCAAAAAAUAAACAGUGCAAAGAUCCUGAUCCUGGAAAUGAUACAUGUGGUUUUGGUCAUUUUAUCAACACCCCGUUCUUUAACUACAUGAGCUAUGCAGAUGAUGACUGCACAAAUUCCUUUAGCCCCAAUCAAGUAGCCAGGAUGCACUGUUACCUGGAUCUGAUAUAUCAGAGCUGGCAGCCACCUACAAAGCCUCCACCUAUCCCUGUUGCUCCAGAGAUAAUACAUCAGACUGCAAGAUCGGUGAUACUCCAUUGGCUUCAUCCAAUCAAUGGACAGUUUUACGCGAGAGAAGUGGGAUCAAUAUGUGAUGCGUGCACUGAGCAUGGAGCGCUGGUCCAGUAUGCUUACAAUGCUUCUUCCCCUAGACCAUGUGAUCCAUCUGGCCACUGGAGCCCCAGAGAAGCAGAAGGGCCUCCUGAUGUAGAACAACCUUGCGAAAACAGUGUCCGAACUUGGAGCCCAGAUGCCGGUGUUGAUGAGAAGACGGUUCCUCCGGUAUGCCCGGAGCCUCAGGGUUGCUACUUGGAAUUGGAAUUCCGCCAUGUGUUAAUUCCUGAUUCUCUGACCAUUUGGGUCACGUUCACUGAAUGGACUGCUCAUGGAGCCAUCCACGAUAUUAAACUACUGACUGUGAGCGGGAAGGAAAUCUCGCUCGGACCGCAAAACGUCUUCUGUGACGUCCCCAUUACGGUCAAGCUCACUGUGACAGAGGAGGUCUAUGGAAUCCAAAUCUUCACACUGGAUGAACAUUUGGAAAUCGACGCUGCCAUGCUGACCUCAGCACCUCAAAACACUGUCUGCAAAGAAUGUACACCAAUCCAAUACAAAGUCAUACGGGAUCCACCAUUUAAAGAGGGGCCGGUAUUCAUGGUGAAAGAUCUGAGCCGAAGGUUCGAAGACAUGGAUGUAAAACCUGGAACUUUGUAUACCUAUCAAGUGGCAGUUGUCACAGGCUCUGAUGAAAGUGAACCUUCUCCAGAACUGAAACAUGUGCAUGGAGCUGCUUACUGUGGAGAUGGAUUGAUCCAAAAGAGCCUGGGAGAAGAAUGUGAUGAUAGUAACAAAAUAAAUGGCGAUGGCUGCUCUAGUUUAUGUCGCCAGGAACCAUCUUUCAACUGUGUCGAUGAACCAAGCAGGUGUUAUUUCCAUGACGGCGAUGGUGUUUGCGAAGACUUUGAGAAAAUGACAAGCGUACGGGAUUGUGGUCUCUACACACCCAAUGGUUUUAUGGAUCAGUGGGCCAGUAAUGUCACUGUUUCACACCAUGAUGAUCAGUCCUGUCCUGGGUGGGUGAUCAUUGGUCACCCCGCUGCAACAAAGAUGUGCAAGACCAGGGUCAUUGACUUAUCCGAAGGAGUGGCUCAGUAUGCCUGGUUCCCAUGCGUAGAAGCAUUCCACAGCAUCCCAUACUUCAGAGCAAAAUACUGGCUAAAGGUCUACUUCGCUGAACCGAUGGUUGCUGCUGCUGUCAUUGUCCACCUGGCUGCUGAUGGAAGUAGUCUCAUGGAUCAAAGACAAGAUUCAAUCGCAGUUCAGUUGGUUGACACGAAAGAUCAGAAUCAUGACCUGGGAAUGCAUCUUUUGAACUGCAGGAACAACCCCCUCGUUAUCCCUGUCAUUCACGACCUCAGUCAGCCAUUCUACCGGACCUCAGCCAUUCUAAUUACCUUCCAUUCACUGUACGUUGCCAUCUCUGGGGUGGCCUUGCGUUCCUUCCACAACUUUGACCCCAUUACAAUUAGCAGCUGCCAAAGCAGUGAGAUGUACAGCCCGACGGAGCAGAGUUGUGUCCACUAUUCUUGUGAAGCUACUGACUGUCAGGAACUCAACCUGCAAAAUGCGGUGGUGAACUGCACUGGCACUGGGCGCUACAAUGGGGACCAAUGCACCGUGUUCUGCCAGCGAGGCUACAUGCUUCACCUGCGAAGGGAUGAAGACACUUCCCAACUUCAGUCUGAAUCAAUGAUGACAGUCACUUGCACAGAUGGGAAAUGGAGCCAACAAGUGCUAUGUGAGCCUGUGGAUUGUGGGAUCCCAGACCAGUAUCACGUGUAUCCUGCCACUUUCUCAUGCCCUGAAGGGACCACAUUUGGCAAACAGUGCACCUUCCAAUGUCGCCCCCCUGCUCAGCUACGAGGGACCAACAACACUCUAAUCUGCCUCGACGAUGGACUGUGGUCAUUCCCCGAGUCCCUUUGUGAACUGAUGUGUCUUGCUCCUCCUCCUGUACCCAAUGCCAGACUUCAAAGCUCACGUUGUCAGCAUGAUGGGCACAAGGUUGGUUCAUCAUGUAAAUACAAAUGCAAACCAGGAUACCACGUCCCCAGCAUCUCAAGAAAGAUAAGGAAGAGAAAUUUCAAGACCAGGUGCACUGAGGAUGGAAGUUGGCAGGAGGCCGUGUGCGUCCCCGUCAUGUGUGAGGCAGUCCCAGCAAAAUUUCACGGGGUUUACCAGUGUACAAAUGGCUUCCAGUUUAACAGUGUUUGCUGGGUGAACUGCAGUGAUGCCAACAAUGAGAGUGAACCUAUCAAUAACUUGAUUCGCUGCAGGAAGGAUGGAACAUGGAAUGGCUCUCUUCAGAUCUGCAGCUCAAUGAAAGGAGACUGCCCACAACCGCAUCGCCUCAACAGUCAAAUUAGACUGAACUGCAAAGACGGCUAUGGCAUAGGUGCAGAAUGUACACCUUCCUGUUUGUUACAUCAAAAUGAUGCAGUCAUUUUACCAAGCAACAUGACCUCAGAUGAUGUAAAAUACUGGAUGAGUCCUCCAAAGGCAAAGAAUAUUGUUUGUACAGCAGGACUAAACUGGUACCCACACCCUGAAAUGAUUCACUGCAUUAAAUCAUGUGAGCAGCCUUUCGUGGGGGACAACUAUUGUGAUGGAAAUAACAACAGAGCCUACUGCAGUUAUGAUGGCGGUGACUGCUGUGCUUCAACUGUCAUUACUAAAAAGGUCAUACCCUUUCCAAUGUCUUGUGAACUUCACGGAGAUUGUGCUUGCCGAGACCCCACGGCUCAGGAGCACGGCAAAGUGAGACAACAACGCUUCUAUCACAGCCACCAUUAGCCAGGAGGAACAAGGAGCGGAAUACAGCUGAAGGCAGACUGGAAGGGCCACACACUCCUUGCUGCUUACAAGAGAAAACCUCUCUGACGAGAUAACACACACACACACACAAUCUACCAGUCUGCCUUCUGUCUGAAGACUGGAGUGAGAGAGAAAAAAACAAUAAAGACACAAACGACACAUUGAAUGAACAAGCACCCCUCCCCAUCCCCCACCCCUCAC